AAAAAGCCUCUUAAGAAAUUUCAUUAAUGAAGUUUGCGGCUUGCUCCACAGUUUGAGCCUGCCGCUAGCUUUCUCCCUGUUAGCUCGUUUUACAAUCAUCGCCGAUGAGCAUCCACUGCUGCUACUGCGGCGGGCGGUGGCCGGAAAAUGGAAGUUAUAAUCGGCAGUCUUUUCUCCGACAUGACGUCCCCUCCAUCCCUCAUAGUAAAAACUUCAUAUUUUCCAUCCCGCUGCCUUCUUCUAGGUUUUCUCUAGGGUUUAAGCUUCAUUGCUUACCGUAUUCUACGACCCCUGCUCCUAAGAAUCAGGACGGAGCCUCCUUUCUUUCGAUCCUUAAAAUCCUAAAAUCUAAACAAGCCCAAGACUUCCCUGACGAAACAAUAGAUUCUCUAGUGUCCGUUCUCAGCCCCAAGAUGCAAACCAUCCUUCUCAAGAAACAGAAGGAUUGGAGGAAAUCCCUCUACCUCUUCCGGCGGAUGAAGUUCGCGAAGGACUACUCUCCCAACCCAAUUCACUAUAAUAUUAUCCUUCGGUCACUCGGAAAGGCCCAGAGAUGGGACGAGCUCCGGCUCUGUUGGAUUGAGAUGGCCAAAGAUGGAGUUUUACCGACUAAUAAUACAUAUGCUACCCUAAUAGAUGUUUAUGGGAAGGCUGGUCUCGUAAAGGAAGCCCUUUUGUGGCUUAGGCACAUGAAAUCUAGAGGUCUUUUCCCUGAUGAGGUCACCAUAAACACCGCUGUGCAGGUUUUGAAGGAUUCCGGGCAGUUUGAUCUUGGUGAAAGGUUAUUCAAAGGUUGGUGUGAUGGAAAAGUUGAACUGGAUUGUCUUGAUCUUAGUUAUGAUGGCUCUACUGACUCCAGUGUGUUUAGUUCCAAGCAUUUUCUGCUGACUGAAUUAUUUAAAUCUGGUGGUCGGGCUCCUGUUUCUCAAAUUGCUUCAGGCUUGGCUAGAGAUCCACAGAAACCCAGGCGUGCAGCCACUUAUAAUACCUUAAUAGAUUUAUAUGGGAAAGCAGGAAGAUUGAAAGAUGCUUCGAACGCAUUCCUGCAAAUGUUGCAGUCAGGGGUAGUGCCAGAUAUUCUCACUUUUAAUACCAUGAUAAGCAUUUGCUGUUCCCAUGGGCAUCUGUUGGAGGCCGAGUCUCUACUGGGUAAAAUGGAAGAGAGGAGGGUUCACCCUGAUACUAAAACAUUCAACAUUUUUAUGACUUACCAUGCUUCCAAUGAAGAUGCUGAGAAUGUGUUGAAGUGUUACAGAAAGAUGAAAGAGUCUGGUCUUCAUCCGGAUGUUGCAAGUUUCAGAAUAAUCUUACAAAUUUUGUGUGAGAGGAAGAUGAUAUCUGAAGUUGAGGGUGUGAUAGAGGAAAUAAUGGAAUUAGGUUCUAUUGUUGAUGAGCAGUUACUGCCAGUUGUUAUGAAGAUGUACAUCAACGAAGGAUUUCUUGACAAGGCAUUUAUUUUCUUUGAGAAGCAUUUCUAUAGUGGAGACGUUUCCUCUAAGAAUUGUGCUGCAAUAAUUGACUUAUAUGCAGAGAAAGGCUUUUGGAAGGAAGCCGAGGAAAUCUUCUUAGCAAAGAGGAAGCUGGGCUCUAAGAAGGAUAUUGUUGAGUAUAAUGUCAUGAUUAAGGCAUAUGGAAAGGGUAAGCUAUAUGAGAAAGCUCUAGAUCUAUUUGAGAUAAUGCGACGGACCGGACCUUGGCCAGAUGAUUGUACUUAUAACUCACUCAUUCAGAUGCUUUCUGGAGGUGAUUUACCUGACAAGGCAAGUGAAUUUCUGAGCCAAAUGAGAAAGUCGGGUUUCAUGCCUCGAUGCGAGUCUUUCUGUGCUGUUCUAGCCAGUUAUUGCCGUUCUGGUUUUCUUUCCAAGGGUGUUCAAAUCUAUAAAGAAAUGAUGGCUUGUGGUGUUGAGCCUAAUGAACUUGUUUAUGGUUCUUUGGUUGAUGCUUUUGCUGAAUCUGGGAGAAUAGAUGAAGCAUUGGAAUACUAUAAUAUCAUGGAAAAAUCUGGAAUGAAAGCCAAUCGUAUAGUCCUUACAUCUUUAAUUAAGGCUUAUGGAAAGGUUGGCUGCUGGAAAGAAGCUCAGGAGUUGUAUGGAAAGAUGAAGAAGUUGAAAGAUGGUCCAGAUGCCAUUGCCUCAAAUUGCUUGAUCAAUCUAUAUGCUGGUCUAGGAAUGGUGAAUGAAGCAAAAUUAAUCUUUGAUGACUUGAUAAGAAACUGUCAAGCUGAUGAAGUUUCCUAUGCAACAAUGAUGUAUCUUUAUAAAAGCAUGGGUAUGUUAGAUGAGGCUACUGAUAUUGCUCAGAAGGUGGAGCAAUCUGGCUUUCUGACAAAUUGUGCUUCAUAUAAUAACGUUAUGGCUUCUUAUGCAGUCAAUGGAAAGCUAAAAGAAUGUGGCGAAUUAUUGCACAAGAUGCUAACACAAAAAAUUCUACCUGAUGCUUCUACAUUUAAAAUUCUUUUCACUAUAUUGAAAAAGGGAGGAUUUCCAUCAGAGGCAAUAAUUCAGCUGGAAUCAUCAUAUAUAGAAGGAAAACCUUUUGCUAGGCAGGCUGUGGUAACUUCAUUGUUUUCAGUUGUAGGAUUGCAUAGUUUUGCACAACAUUUAUGUGAAGUAUUGGUAAAUGAUGGUGUAAAACUUGAGUCCUUUGCCUGCAAUGCUGCGAUUGGAGCUUACGGAACCGCCGGCGAAGUUGAUAAAGCCUUGAAUGUGUACAUGAGAAUGCAGGAUGAUGGUCUCAGACCGGAUCUUGUAACUUAUGUUCAUUUGGCAGGUUGUUAUGGCAAAGCAGGAAUGAUUGAAGGGUUGAACAGGAUUUAUGGCCUUUUAAAAUAUGGGAAGAUCGACCCUGCUGAAUCUCUCUACAAGGCCUUGAUAUGCGCUUAUGAGGAAGCUGGUAGAGAUGACCUUGCUGCGCUGGUUGAUCAAGAGAUGAGAUUUAGCUUCCAAAAUGAUGAGCAAAUCUGUGAUGAUUAGGGAUUUUAAUAUAUUUCCAAUGUAAAUUUCAAGCAGAUCAAACGUGUUUAGGAAUUUUACUAUAUUUAUUUCUGAAGCACACCUUGCGGGAAAAGGACAUGUGAGGUUAAUUAUACUCUUCUUUCGUAACUAUUGGUUGUCAUAGAAGCUGUAGUCUUCUCAUUUACUCCGGACUAGGACAAGGCUCAACCGCAUCAAGGGCAUAUACCAUGACUGAAAUGAAAAAUUAUUAUGUGCGGGUCUGGAUUCGUCCGGAGACCAAUAAAAAUGCGUCACAUCGCCCCAAAAAUGUACAGCACUCGGUACUGCUCGGUACCGAGCGCGGAACCGGAUGGGAGAACCGUCUGGUGUCCGCACAGAAUAAUUGCUCGACUGAAAGGGCUUCUUUAUUUCGAGGUAACUAGGUACAUGCUUAAUCCUCAUGUUGCCUUGAAACAAAAAUUAUCUCUUUAGGUUUGGAACUUUGGAUCCUUUUUUCAGUUGUCUGCUUUGCUGUUACAUUUGGCUCCAUGACUUGGUUAGCAAAUCCUAGUGACAGAAACCAAGAAUGUUAUCAUUAAAUGUAGUAUUAAGAUUUAUGUGCCUGUAUCUAAACAGCAUACUGUCUCUUCAUAUGUA